ACAGCACACGGGAACGGGACGGAAGAAAAGGGAAAAUCCAAAACCCUCCCGGCGCCGCCGCUAGACGCUAGCCACGGCGGGUCCAUCAGUAUCUCCUCUGAGUCCGCCGCUUCCUCCUACGGGCUCCGCUCCGGCCAUCAUCUCCCAGCGCUGCGGCCGCCACCGGCCCCACUCGAUCCUCCCCGGGGUUGGUCUUCUUCCAGCGCCGCCGCUUCCGGACUCAUCCUCCGGCCGCGCCUUCACCGGAAGCUUUGCCCACUGCAGUUUCUUUUGAGAAUUGGUCAUCAUGGGGUGGGAGCUCACUGAGGUCCCUGGCAUCCCGACGCCCUCCCUCCAGGACUCCACAGUUGAUGUGGUGGCUGCCAACAUUGAACCAAAGCUAGCCAACGCUCUCAUUAGGGAGUUGAGCAUGAUAUGUCCUUUGGAGAAUCUGAGGCAUGUAAAGCGGGUUCGUCGAUGUACUGAAUGCGGAAAAUCUGACUUAUCAAUAAUCUUAUGCCUUUCUACUGGGUCUCAAACUUGUAUAAAACAGCUUCCUGGAGAUGUACAAAAGAUAGUGGAUACUUAUCAGUUGAGUCCUUUCAUUGCAAAAGUUGCCAAGUGUUCCGCUACAUCAAAAGAGGAGUGGGAAGAACAAUGUAAACUUUGGCCAACUUCUUACCAUCCUGCGCACAACCUUGAUAUUAUUCGUGGAUUUCGAGAUGACGAAUUACCAUCAAUAUUUAAUUGCAUGAAGACUGCUAUUCAAUUAUCAAAGGCAGGUAAUGCUGCCAUUAUUGUUGAUCCAUCAAGUAUGCAAAUAAUUGCGAAGGCUACAGACCAAACACACCAGCAUGAUACAUCUGCAGAAGGAAACAAACUUGCUGAAGUGAAAGCAAAUGAUACCUUCUCUUUGGAUGAAUCAACUGAGAAUAAUGGCAAUUUGUUAUGGCCAAGCUCCCGUCUUUCUAAAUGCAACAGUUUGAACAUGGAAGUCUCAUGUAUAAAUCCUUUGGGAUGGACGAAACAAAGGACUACUGAGCAGAAGCCAUUGCCCUGUGAAGGCUGUUUUGCAUGGCAUCCCUUGAGACAUGCUGCCAUGGUUGCCAUUGAGAAUGCCGCUGAGAGGGAUAGAAUGUUGUUCCCUUCAUCGACUCCAAUUACCAUGCCAGAUUCAAAUGGAAAUCUGGAGGAUUAUUCGGACAAUGAACCAGCAAAAAGGCUAAAGAUGGAUACAAAAGAUAAAGAGCAAUCUACAGAUGAAUCAUGCUGCGGCGACUUGUCUGAAACCACCAGACCAUAUCUCUGCACAGGAUUUGAUAUCUACCUUGUUUGGGAGCCAUGUGCAAUGUGUGCGAUGGCACUCGUACAUCAAAGAUUCAAGCGCGUGUUCUACGCUUUCCGGAAUCCAGUUACUGGAGCGCUCGGUGGAGUCUACAGGUUGCAUGGGGAGAAAAGUCUAAAUCAUCACUACAAUGUAUUUCAGGUUUCAGUACCUGAGACAUACCUGAAUGGUUUUGAGUGACUGUUAAAAAAACUGCUGACUGGACCUCCUUUUUAUUUUAUUUAGAAAAGAAGAUCCAUGAGGUUUCAUUUUGCAUCAUGGAUGCCAUUUUUGGUACAAGGGCAUAUCAGGCUUCCAUGAUACUGUCUUGUUGUAUCAUUAAAAAUUGCUCCUUCGGUUACCUUUAAUAUAAUUGGAUGCUAUUGACCUUUUA